AUGGACUUCACAGCUUCCCUGGCCAGUCUCCAAGCAGAGGUCAGCUGCCCGAUCUGCCUGGAGUACCUGAGAGACCCAGUGACUAUUGACUGUGGCCACAACUUCUGUUGCUGCUGCAUCCAUCAGUGCUGGGAAGGUCUAGGGGACAUCUUCCCCUGUCCCAUCUGCCUCCAUCACUGUCAUAAUGAGAACUUAAAGAAGAACACCCAAUUAUGUCACAUGACUGAUAUUGUUAAGCAACUUCCCAUCAAGAGGAGCAAGAAGAAACGGCAGAAAGAGAAACCCCUGUGUGAGAAGCACAGCCAGGUGCUGGUUCUGUUCUGUGACCAGGACCUGGAGCUGCUGUGUCCCCAGUGCAGGAUCUCCUCCGACCACCAGGAUCACUACCUGAUGCCCAUCGAGCAAGCUGGAACCAGUCACAGGAGGAAACUCAAAAGGUACAUUGAGCCCUUGAGGGAGCAGGUUGCAGAUGCUAACAUUUGUCUAGAAAUGCAAGUCUCAAAAUCACAUGAGUUACGGCAGAAGGUAGAAAAUUUGAGAGGAAAAUUAAACUGCCAAUUUAAUCACCUUAAGGAUUUACUGGACCAGGAACAGGAUAUCAUUUUUUUGGGAUUGAUGACAGAAGAGAAGAAUGUUGAAGAAAAACUAAUUGAGAACAAUAGCCAAAUUUCUGACCAUUUAUCCACGCUAAAAAAUCUGCUUAGUGGCGUUGCAGAAAAAUGUGUGCAGGCAGACCUGGAUUUACUUACAGGUAUUGAAAGUAUCUACAACAGGUAUAAAAACCUAAAAAUCCCCGGAGUCUUUUCAUACAAAUUAAUGAAGGCAAGUAACUAUCUCUCUCCACAAUAUUUUGGCCUGCAAAAAAUGAUCAGCACAUUUAAGGAAGAUUUGACGCUAGAUCCUAAAACUGCUCACCCCAAGCUUAUUAUUUCAGAAGAUAGAAAAAGUGUGAAGUACGGACAGAUGGAACUAGACUUUCCUUACAAUCCUGAGAGGUUUACUUUUAUCCCAGCUGUCCUGAGUUCCAAAGGCUUUGAUGUUGGUAGGCAUUACUGGCAGGUAGAAGUAAGAGGCAUAGGUGAAUGGUGCUUAGGUGUAUGUAAAGAAUCUUUUCCUAGAAAUGCUAUUGGGACACCAUCCCAAAAAGAUGGAUGCUGGCAAAUUCAGCAGGAAACACUUAUUCGGGAUACAGAACAAAUCAUACGGAUUGGCAUUUUUCUGGAUUAUGAUUUGGGAGAGGUUACAUUUUAUAGUUGGAAUAACAGAUCUUAUCUUUAUACCUUCACUGAUACUUUUACAGAAAAACUUAGGCCUUAUUUUUCUCUUGGAUCUACUUCAAACUGUCUUACAAUCUAUGUAAACACAGAUGCAUGGUGA